AUGUCACUAACAACUUCCUCAACAACUACUUCUAGUAAUACCACCACUAUACCUGAAAGAUACAACUCCAGUAACAUGACUCUUCCGGCUCUAACAUCCUCAACAUCACCCAUGUCCACUACAAGUCAACUGCCACCACCAGCAAGUUUUAAAUAUUUUAAUUCAAAUACUUCAAACCAACUGUUGGCUACUACUAAUUCAGAUAUGAUGAUGAAUAGAGCAGCACAUCAAAUGGAUGGGUUUAGUCAGGAUUCUAACAUGUUUUCCAAUAAUAGAAAACUGCUUUCUGCUUCUCCAGUUUCUGUUUUGCCAAAUUUGAAAGAAUUUUUACAGGAAACUUAUUCUUCAUAUCCAUCUCAUACUAAUACCCAGAACAACACAGCAACUCCACAUGUAUCAAUGCAUUCAAAUCAAAGACAAGUUUCUGAUGAUAAUGUUUCUCACAUUUCGUCUCAACGAAAGUACGAAACUUAUUCGAAUACUGUAUCAUAUCCAUGUAGAACUGCAGUAGAUUCACCAAAUGGAUUCUUUGCAUGUUUACAAUCAUCCACAAACUCUAGAAAUAACUCACGUCCACAAUAUCAACAUGCUCCACAUACACCAACAAUAGUAGCAGAUCAAAAUCUUUCCCCUCUAUUCGAAAGAAUUUCUCAGUUGGAGAAACAGCUGGAAAGGCAAUCUGUAAUGAUAAUCGAUUUGGAAAGAGAAAAUAAUUCACUGAGGUAUCAAAUUAAUGAAUCUGAAAAGAGGUUAAACAGUGCAGUUUCUAAUAGUCAUGUUUUGCAUUCGAAUGCAUGUGCUGAUCUUCCACCAAAUCCAGAACCAAUCAAAACCAGAGCAAGAAAUAAUGUUGUAAAGAAGAGAAGAGAAUCACCAACACAUGAAUACAAUGUUUCAUCUCCAGUUUCGAAUGGCUCAUCCUAUGAGAAACCAAGCAAGUCUUCAAAACUUAGCAGCAAACAAACAAGUGUUUCUUCCUCAAAUGGUACUUCAUUCUCCAUUGUGGAUGAAUCAGAAAAAGAUCAUACCAAGUCUCAGAAACCAGUUGGUGAUUUGGACGAUUUCUCUGUCAAGUGGAAAGGUAAAACUUAUGUCUUGAUUGAUGCAUUCAAGAAUCGAACUCAGAUUUUGAAUUAUUUCGUGCCACUCUUCCAGAACAAGUAUCCAGAAAAGAGUUGUAAAUUGGUUCUCUGUAAUGAAGAUUACAAAGCUCUCUUUAAAGAAAAUUUCAAUCGAUCAAAUUCAGAGAAGAAACAUGCUUGGAGAGUUUCCAUAUUUACUAUCGAGUUUUACAAUUUUGUUAAAAGUCAACAAGUUGACAAUUAA